GGCCGAUUGCGCGAGCGCCGCUGCGCUUGCAUCACUGGUUCGGCGGCCGGGUCAAGGUAAUCGCCCUUGCAGCAGACUCUACUGUACGCCUCAUAAACCCCCACCUCUGCCCGCCAUCCCCCAUAUCAACAACGCCUGCCGCAUUCGCCAACUCGUAGACAAUCGACUGUCUCUCUUCUUCACAUUCACAACUCUAUGUCCCUCUUCCGCAGACUGUUCCACUCAGUCUCACCCGAAGCCAUGUCUGCCGCCAAGACCAAGACCCAGCAGAUCAUCGACAGCAACCCUGUUGCCGUCUUCUCCAAGUCCUACUGCCCCUACUGCAAGGCGACCAAGGACCUGCUCGACAGCACCGGCGCAAAGUACUUCCUCCUCGAGCUCGACCAGGUAGACGACGGCAGCGCCAUCCAGGACGCUCUCCAGGAGAUCAGCGGCCAGCGCACCGUCCCCAACGUCUACAUUGCCCAGCAGCACAUUGGUGGCAACUCGGAUCUCCAGGCCAAGAAGAGCCAGCUCAAGAGCCUCCUCACAGAUGCCGGUGCUUUGUGACUGGUUGACGGCGGUAACAAGGAGGAGAGGGUUGCACGGACAAAGUUAUAGUCGCCGGUAGACCUGGGGCCCUGCGGCAAUCCCUAGAGGUUGCGAAUUCUCGCCAGAAUGCGGGGAGCCCCAGUUUGUCGAUAAAUUCUAGACAGCAAGCACAACUCUAUGAUUGUUUAGCUGGGCUUUUUCACUUUGGCGAGUAAUUGAGCGUGACGAGACGGUCAAAUGUAGCAUUGACAGAUGUCCGACCUUGUGGAUGGAUCUCUUGAUACUUGUUUUGGUGAACUUGCGAUUUUUGCGGAAUGUGCAUGAUGAGCAUUGUCCCCCGCAAUACCUGGUUUUAUGGACGGAGCACAAAGAUCAAGCCACUGCGACUGCACGGUGUGGAAGUACUGGUUUCUCCGCAAAAAAGGGUGGUCCUCGUGGUGUAUGUGCUGACGCUGUGGGCUUGAAAGACUAGGCGUGGUGUAUCAGAUGAAUGCUGCACUUCGCAGGACUACC